ACCGUCUUUUUGCUCCCUGCUCCCUCGAACCCCCCAAACAGCAGAUCUUCUCCGUCCACACAGCUGGGCCUCGGUGCUCUGCAGAUGCCACAGAUUGCAACUCGUCCAUCCCCGCUCUCUUCCACAAUGUCGGUUGCCUCGAUCCAUGAAUUGCCAGGUGGGAGAGAGAGGCCCUUGUUCCACUUUUUCCUGUCCCUGGCGUCGCAAAAAAAAAGUACCGUUUUUGCUUUUAAAUCGUUUCCCAUGUCCUGCUUCUUUGCUACAUCGGGAAGUUCUGCCAUGCGUUUGCGAGUCUCGUCAAAACCCCGUUGUGCGGCUCGAUCCGUAUGAGAUCUCAACAUCCCUCUCGAACUGCUGUGCCGUUCCUAGCCCUUUCCCGAGCUCGUGCAAGCCCUCUCGACCCCUCGGCUACCGCCUCUGCCAAUCAUGAGCUCUUCCACCAUCCUCGAAGAUGAACUCGACGAGAAACAUCUAUCAGCGGCCUCAAGGCCAGACAUGAUCCGGGUCGAGUCGAACCUGGACAAGGCUAUCGACGCAGAGGCAAAUAUCAACAUCACCCCCGCCUCGGACCAUGGAGGUCUGGGAGAGGAAGACCGCGACGACCCGGGCCCCCCUCCCAAUGGCGGCACGCGUGCCUGGAUGCAAGUUGUCGGUUCCUUCUUCCUCUUCUUCAAUUCCUGGGGUACCGUCAACGCCUUUGGCGUCUUCCAGACUUACUACGAGACCAACCCGCUCUGGCACGCCUCACCAAGCGACAUCUCGUGGAUCGGGUCCAUCCAGGCCUUCCUGCUGCUGCUCGUCGGGCUGGUCUCGGGCCCCUUGUACGACUCGGGCUACUUUCGAGAGCUGAUCACCAUCGGCGCCGUGCUCGUCCCGCUCGGGUUCAUGAUGACGUCGCUGGCCAAGGAGUAUUGGCAGACGAUGCUGGCGCAGGCGUUCUGCGUCGGGGUGGGCAACGGCUGCGUGUUCGUGCCCUCGGUCGCCAUCCUGCCGCAGUACUUCUCGUCGCGCAAGGCGCUCGCCAACGGGCUGGCCGCGUCCGGCUCGAGCCUGGGCGGGCUGAUCUACCCGAUCGUGUUCCGGCGCAUGCAGCAGGAGGUCGGGUUCGCGUGGGCGACGCGCACCAUCGGCUUCAUCUCCUUCGUGACCGUGUGGUUCUCGGUGCUGGUCAUGAAGCCGCGCGUGCUGCCCAAGGCGCGCCGGCCCCUGACCGACCUCGCCGCGUUCCGCGAGCUGCCCUACACCCUCUUCUGCGUCAGCAUGUUCUUCGGCUUCGUCGGCCUGUACGGCCCGCUGUACUACAUCGGGCCCUACGCGAUCCAGAACGGCAUCACGGGCGAGAACCUGGCCUUCUACCUGCUCCCCAUCAUCAACGCGGCCAGCAUCCCCGGGCGGAUCAUCCCGAACAGCAUCGCCGACAAGGUCGGGCCCUUGAACGUGCUGGUCCCCUGCGCCAUCAUCGCGGCCGUGCUGGCCCUCGUGUGGAUCGGCAUCAAGAGCCUCGGCGGCCUGCUGGCCUUUGCCCUCGUCUACGGCUUCUUCAGCGGCGGCUUCGUCUCGCUGCCCCCGGUCGCCGUCGUCACCCUGACCCGCGACAUGAGCAAGAUCGGCACCCGCAUGGGCCAGUGCUUCUUCAUCAGCGCCUUUGGCCUGCUGGUCGGCACCCCCGUCUCCGGCGCCAUCCUCAAGAGCACCGGCCAGUGGUGGGGCGUGCAGCUCUGGAGCGGUGCCGCCAUCCUCGUCACCGGCUCCUUGCUGCUCUGGGCCCGCGUCGUCGUCGCCGGCUGGCAACCCUUGAAGCGCGCCUGAAGAAAAGAGUUCCCCGAGGAUCCCUCUCGCAGCUAGGCCCAACCAUUGGGGAUGAUAGCAGCCCCUUUUGGCAGUGAGGGCAAAGGGCCUCACUACACCUGGUCAGCUAUCAAUCUAUCUAGAUAGCCAGGAGGACACCACAUCCGCUCAGGUGCCACGACGCUGUCUUGCAAGACACAUUCCCUCGCACGCACGACGUGGACGUUUUAGUCCGCUUCAGAAACACAUCUGAAGCUUCGAUAGGCGUGGCCCCGUCUUGGAUGCCUCGGUCUGUCUAUCUACUUGGAAACGACGCAGCAUUGCGUUCUCAAGCGGAUGGAUGCACCUGCGAAAUAAGAGAGGGGUGGUGGUCGCACUUGAAUAUUAUAUACCCGCAGCAGAUGCCGCAGAUGCCGCAGAUGCCGCAGAUGCCGCAGAUGC